AAGAGCAUAUCAUGUGGAAGAUGAACGGGUGGCAGCGACAGAGCCAAAAUCAGAGCCGGAACCUGAGGAGAGAGUGUUCCAGAAGGAAGUGUAUCUUCAUACAUCACCACACCUGAAAGCAGGUAAACUUAAACCUUUCCCCAAACCAAGUCCCAAAAGAUGGUUGCUUAGACUUCCUUUGCUGGGACCUUAGGAGAUUAUGGAAAGACCCAAACAAGGUGGGAGUGGAGGAUUUGAAUCUGAGUGAGUUUUGCUGUCAAGCUAGGUCUGUUCUGGCUUACCCCUAACAAGGUGACCAUGCUCCUAUUCCUAAAUAAAACCUAAUCCUCAAAAGUCAACCUCAACAAAGACAGUUGGCUUGUCUUACCAAUGUUCAGCCCCGUCAAGGUUAAACUGACUCAAAGAACUAUUUGCCCAAGAUGCCCACACAGAAGGAGCACACAUGGUCUGGUAAUUGUACCUGGAAGCUACCAAUAGAGUUCCCAAAUAGGGCUGAGAACUUUGUAAGAUCCUGUAAGAAUGCUUUUUCAAGUCCUGGGCAAAAAGCAAGGAAGGAAUAUUAGUAUAGACUAGGAGUUAGUAAAUUUCAAAAGGCUAGACAGUAGGCUUGGGGCCAUAGCUCAGAGAGUAGGGCACAGGCCACAUGUGCUAAGGCCAGCGAGUUCGAGCCCGGGCCUGCUAAAUACCAAUGACAACUGCAACCAAAAAAUAGCAAGGCAUUGUGGCAGGCACCUGUAGUACCAGCUACCCAGGAGGCUGAGGCAAGAAUCGCUUAAGCCAGUGGUUCUCAACCUGUGGGUCGCAACCCCUUUUUAACAAUGAAAAUACAUUGCGGCAUUAGGAAGGUUGAGAACCACGGGCUUAAGCCCAAGAGCUGGAGGUUGCUGUGAACUGUGACGCCAUGGCACUCUAUCAAGGGCAACAUAGUGAGACUGUCUCAGAAAAAAAAAAAAGGUAAGACAGUAAACAUUUUAGAUACUGAGGGGC